AUUGCCCAAUCAAGUCACACUAGCUGAAGACUACAUACAGUCUGUCAUGGAAGUCCAUGAAUCACAACUUCCCAAUGGUAUGAUCGUCUAUCAACAUCCAAAAGGCCAAGGAAUGGAGAGCGAGGAUUUGUUGUGGAUAUACCAAGAAAUAUUUACGGAGGAGGCCUACCUAGGAAAAGGAUUCUUGCAGCUGGACGACUCCACUAAAACGGUGCUUGACUGUGGGGCCAACAUCGGUCUCUUCUCGCUGUGGGUCUUUCUACGAAGCCCCAAUGCCACCAUCUAUCAAUUUGAGCCGAUCCCGCACACAUUCAAUAUGCUGGAACGCAACAUGAAGAAACAUAACGUUUCCGGUCGAGUUCGAGGCUACAACAUUGGUCUGGCAGAGUUUCCAACCGAUGGAAGUCCGCAAGAUCGAGAAGUCGACUUCCGUUUCUACCCAGAAGUAAGUACUAUGUCAACGUCACUGUGGAAUGAAAAACAAGAUCUACUGAAGGCCUUCGUUAGUCCGGACGUAUUCAACAACUAUGAGACGAUGAGGUGCAAAGUUCGUUGCCUAGGUGACAUUAUCAAAGAAGAACAAAUCAGCAAAAUCGACUUCCUCAAAAUUGAUGUUGAAGGUAGCGAAGUGGAUCUUCUCAAUGGCUUGUAUGAAGAAGACUGGAUAAAAAUCCAGCAAGUUUCUGCUGAAGUUCAACCAGCUGGUGGCAAAAUCGAGAAAUGCAUCACCAUCCUAAAAGAUCAUGGGUUUGAAACAAGUGUGAGCAGUGCCACAGAAGAGCAUCCAGAUUUUGCUAAUGUAAUGGUUAACGGAAGAAAGCCUAAACCUUGAGUAGUGUGUACGGGUCUAGAGCAAUUAUAGAAUGCACACUUGAUUAAUUAAGUCUACAAUCGCUGUACGUGCCUACCUGGGCGUGUAUGAUGCAUUUUGUUGAUGCAUUAAUCUGCUGUGUUAGUUAGGAUUCUGUAGUAAUGAAGAAGCACUAGAAGUGCAAACCC